AAGUCGCCUCCGCGCCUCCGCAUAUAGGCAGCGUCGCCCCUCUCCGCUUUCCCGAAUUAGCGCCACCGCCACCUCCGCCUCCGAUCCCGCCUCUCCCGGGAACGAAGCCGAGCCGCCCGAAUCGCCCUCCACCCACCCAUAUAGCCGGGCCCCGGACCGCUCCCCACCGGCUCGCGCCCCCGACCCCUCCGCCGUCCGCCGCCGCAUCGCGUGGGAGGGGGAGGAGGAGGAGGAGGAGGAGGCCAUGGCCGCUGCCGUAGCUUGCAGGCGCGCGGCGCUCCUGCACGGGCACCAGCAGUGGCCGCAGCGGUGGGCGGCCGCGCCCUGCCCCCGCUCCAUCUCGCAGCUCGUCAAGACCAACGGCCGCCGCGCCUUCCUCGUAGACACCCUCGCCCUGGUCAGGAAGCUGGAGUCGCAGGGCGUGCCCACCAAGCAGGCGGAGGCGAUCACCUCCGCCAUCACGGAGGUCCUCAACGACAGCCUCGAGAGCAUCUCCGAGUCCUUCGUCUCCAAGGCCGAGAUGCAGAAGAGUGAGAUGCUGCAGGAGUCCAAUAUCUCCAAGUUCAAGUCCCAAGUGCAGAGCUCGCAGGAAAACCAUUUCUCUUUACUACAGCGGGAGACUGAGAAACUUCGCGGAGAUAUUGAUAAGAUGAGGAGUGAACUGAAGUAUGAGAUCGACAAGGUCACCGCAGGACAGCGAUUGGAUCUGAAUCUUGAAAGAGGGCGCAUACGUGAUGAGCUUGCCAAGCAGAAUGAGGAAACCACUGAGCUUACCACAAAGCUUGACAAGGAAAUCCACUCACUGAAGGCCCAGUUGGAGGCAGCAAAGUACGAUGUCAUCAAGUACUGCAUAGGUACCAUUGUUUCGAUCUCAGCCGUCGGCCUCGCCGUCCUCCGCAUCGUGAUGUGAAGGCAGCAAAGCAAAUACGUUCUUUGGUUUUACCCAUAUUCGUCGCCCGUCCGUGGAAACCCGCAAGAAGAGAAUAGGUUCUAAUUCUGUUCCUAGUUUUUAAAGGGGACAAAACGUGCUCAGGGGAGGGGGACACUUGGUAGUAGGGAGAUGUUGCUCAAACUUGUAAAAAUAGAUUGCCCGUGGAAGAAAUGCAUCCGAAAUGAUUCU